GCUCCUGUUGCCUACAGGUGUUUUAUGGAGGGGGAAACAUCUUGUGAAGGAGAAGGAGGGAAGAAGGGAUGAAAGGAGAAAGACAGAAUGGGCCACGCGGUUUAAUCCCUUGUCAAAGCUGCUGUGUUGGCUGGUUAUCCUGUCCUGGAAAUGCGGUCUAAGCCCCCUGUCUGGGCUCUACACAAGAGCUAUUAAUGCUUCACACACACCUCCCUCUCUCCUUUUGCUACGAUCCUACGUUCAACCAGUGGCAGCGAGGGAAGCAGGACAGCAGUGUUUUUCAAUGCGUGUUUGACCCUGGGAGAAAGUGCUGCCAGACGGGGAAAUAUGUGGCAAAAAACAAGGGGCUGGAACAGAGAGAACACUUGAGGGAUACGGCGAGUGGGAGAGCUCAGGAAGAUCGUGGUGGAGGGACUAGAGGCUGGGGAAACCAGAAGAAAUGGUGACCCUGUGGAAGCUGUUCCUCUGCCAGCUGGCAAUAAACAUGUCCUACCGUGUCGUGAAAGCCAGCCUCUGUUUGGGUGGUUCGGACAUCUUUGCGACGGUCAGGGAGAACAGCCCUAUGGGAGAGUUCAUUGCAAACCUCAGCAUCGUCGGAGAACCAGCAGGGGUGAACAGCAUCCGUUUGUGCCUCACCGGAGAGAAUGCGAAUUGGUUUUACCUAGAAGGAAGAACAAUCAGGCUAAACUCGUCAAUUUCAAGGGCCCUGGAUCGAGAGCGUCAGGGAUCUAUUUUGAUGGCAGCAUUAACAUGCUACCAAGACGAUAUAAUGCAGAGUGAAUACAGGGUCAUGGUUGAGAUUCUUAAUGAAAAUGAUAACAAACCAAAGUUUGUUGAGAAGACUAUACAACCGCGUUACAUAAAUGAGCUCACUGCAAUCAACUCUGUAGUCUUCAUCGUCAAGGCCAUCGACGCUGAUGGAGACAUCCUCACCUACAUCAUUGACAGUGCCUCGCCUGAUGCCAGCUACUUCAGAAUAGACCUGCCUAACAGUGGUGAAGUGACCCUGGACAAGCCGCUGGACUACGAGACUAAAACCCAGCUGCACCUGGUAAUCUAUGCUGUGGAAACCCACACCAAAGAGUACUAUAACACUACCGCCUCUCUCACCGUGAACGUGGAGGACGGGGACGAUCAUCACCCUCAGUUCCUACCCUGCACGCCCAUCUCCCUGGACUACAACCACACAGCUGUCUGCACCAACCCCAUCUACACGGUCAACAUCACAGAAAUGGACGAGGACAUCUUACUGAAUUUUUCUCCUAGUCCAAUUCACGCGGAAGAUGGAGACAGAAGCCUUGACACGCCUUUGUUCUACUCCAUUCUCUCGGGUGGUGACCAACACAGGUUUCGAAUUAAUAACCAAACGGCGGCGAUAACAAUGACAAGACGGGUGGAAAACCGGAAUCUGACACCGUUAUUCCAACUACGCAUCAUGGCCUCUCAGCUGAACGACCCAACAAAGUACAGUGUGACAACGGCGGUGGUCCGGGUGUUGGCAGAGAACCGCUUCCCUCCCGUUUUUAACAGAACCACAUACAAGGGCUUCAUCAUAGAGAGCUCCAGCCCCGCCAGCCUCGUCUCCACCUACGGGAACGAGGUUCUGAUCAUCCAAGCCACCGACCAGGACUUCCAAGACCAGGGUGUGAAUCCAAGGAUGCACUACUCGCUGCAGCCCACACCAGCCACCGCUGGACUGUACCACAUCACCCAGGAAGGCAUUCUCAUCGCUAAGACGUAUCGCCUACGACCCUACGACAGGCACAUCCUAGAGGUAGUCGCGAGGGAUGAGGAAUCAGGUGAAGCUGUUAAAGCCUCGGUGGACAUAGAACUGCUGAGACGAGGCCAGCCAGUUCCAAGGAAUCCUUUCGGAGAGGAGCGUUUGUUCAGAGACAUGGAUGUGAGAGUGGCUGGCGGUGUUAUGGCCUUGAUGCUUCUGCUGCUAGUGACCACCCUGUUCCUGCUGAUCCGAUGGGCCAAAAGGAGGAGACAGGGACAAGACCCUGCCGGACGAGGGUCUGUCGCUCUAGGGAAGCACUCCAAGGUGGUGAACUCAAGACGAUCCAUGCCCCUGAUAGAGGAAAUCUCUUCCUUCCAGAAUGAAACAUUCAGUAUAGAUUAUGAGGCCUCUGGGGGUUCCGGAAGCCUCCACGGGAGACAUGGAGUCUACACCAGGAAGCAGUCGCUACCUGCGCCGCAACCAGGCUCCCACAGCAGCCAUCAAGACUGCGGCUCAAGGACGGUAACAGGUGACACGCUGCCUACACUGGUGAUGCCAGAGCCCCUGGUUAAAGACCUCACCCCCACCUUACUCUCCAAUGGCAGGAACGCCGACAGGACCGCCAGCAUUGAGGUUACGAUGAAAGACGAGAAGGAAAGGAAUAAGCAGAGGGCGGAGGACAGGAAAUUGGAACAGGAGUGGGAACAUGCCGUCGGCAGAGACGGCAGCAAAAGACACUCGGAGGCGGAAAGAACGGACAAAUCGAGAGAUGUUUUUGGUGCUUCUAGUGGCGCUUCCAGCGAGAUGGCAGAUGUAAGCGAGGUCUCUGAGGAUCAAACGAGCACAGAGAAGCCUCCGAGCCAGAGGAUGAGAAACCAACUCAUCAGAGAACCCCAUGCCAGACACAAAAGCACUUCUGAAGAAGAGUCUGAAGCAGACAACCAAUAUAAGAUUAUGCACUCUGGGAUGUGUCUCUCAGACGAUUAUGACACAGCAGCAGAGGAGGAGCCUGGCGACAGGUCCCGAUACUCCAGCGUCAGGACAUCAAGAGGAGACUCGCAACGCGGGAGCUCAUCAAAACACACCGACAACCAAACAAACCGACGACUAAGUAACCCACAGAUACACCAUUCAGAUUCACACUCAGGGCUUCCAACUCACAUUGAGGAAGACGCCAAAGAACUCUUACCAUUUAUCCAAAAAUAAAACUGACAUUAUAAAGCCAAUUGUAUUUCAUUAUGUUCAGAUCUUUAUUGGUCUUUAUUGGGUAAAGACUUUUCAGGUCUUUAUUGGGUAAAUGGACACAUUUUAAUCAGAGAAUAGAAAUGUGUUUUCUGUGAAACUGUGUGUGGCCAGCCUUAAUACGAAUGAAGCCAUUCUGUAUUACUUUCAUUUGCAGUGUUGAAGAACUAGUAUUGAAACAAUUAGUCAGAAUGUAAGCGUGCACAAUAUUGCCAUGUUACUGUACAGUAAUGAUGUGACCUUCUUACUGUCCUAUACAUGUACUGUAGAUGUCUUAUAUAUGUUCUGUACAUCUCCUUUAGAUGUCCUUUAUAUGGGCAGAUGUCCUGUAAAUGUUGUGUAAAUGUCCUGUAGAUGUCAGUAUUUAAUAUAUGUAUUGUAGAUGUCCACAAUUUCUAUUACCUAAUUCAAACAUCCUGUUGGAGGACUUUCCCUGAAAAGCAGGAAAUGCAAAAAAAAAACAAUUUUAAGUAGAAAAAAUGGCCGAACAAUUUGGUAAUAUCCUCUUCAAAAUGUCAAACUUCAUUCCCCCAAAAGAUGCAAAAAUCCUCCCAAAUUGUUGAAAAUCCAUACAAUAAUUGUUGCGGUAAGAUUAUUUUCCUGAUGUGGGAAAUUAAAACAUGUCACCUGCACAGUUACAUUAGCAUUGUAAAAAGGUUUCUAAUGCCACAAUACACACUGUAAAUAAAAUUACUGU